CCCACCCCGAGACACACUCGCAUUUCUCAUUUCUUACUUCUAGUCUAAAUUAGAUAGCGAGGCGAAGGGUCGGAGCUCACAGAUCGCACGUAGGGUUAGUUUUGAGCAUUAGCGCUAGUUACACGGCGAAUCUGAAAUUUCAACAUGGAGUCCCCUCCAGAUCCAGCGAGCGAUCCGGGCAACUGCGCCUCGGAGCCGGCUACCCCUGUCAGGGAAACCCCGGUAAACCUGGAGACGCUCCGGAAAGCGGACCAUCCAGCCCCGGUGCGAAGGCAGAGCUGCUCCAGCACCAACAGAGGUAUCUCAGUGACGAAGAAGACACACACCUCUCAAAUCGAAAUAAUUCCCUGCAAGAUCUGUGGAGACAAAUCAUCAGGCAUCCAUUACGGCGUGAUAACAUGUGAAGGCUGUAAGGGCUUCUUCAGGAGGAGUCAGCAGAGCAAUGCAGCCUACUCCUGCCCCCGUCAGAAGAACUGCCUGAUUGACCGCACCAGCCGCAACCGCUGCCAGCACUGCCGGCUGCAGAAGUGCUUGGCAGUGGGCAUGUCACGAGAUGCGGUGAAGUUUGGCCGCAUGUCGAAGAAGCAGCGAGACAGCCUGUAUGCUGAGGUCCAGAAGCACCGGCUGCAGCAGCAACAGCGUGAACACCAACAACAGCCAGGGGAGGCAGAGCCGCUCACACCUAGCUACGGCCUCUCAGCCAAUGGCCUCACAGAGCUCCACGAUGACCUCAGUGGCUACAUGGACGGUCACACCCCUGACGGCAGCAAACCGGACUCUGCAGUCAGCAGCUUCUACCUGGACAUCCAGCCAUCUCCCGACCAGUCAGGCCUGGACAUCAACGGCAUCAAGCCGGAGCCCAUCUGCGACUUUGCCCCCAGCUCUGGCUUCUUCCCUUACUGCUCCUUCACCAAUGGAGAAACCUCACCCACAGUGUCCAUGGCUGAACUAGAGCACCUGGCCCAGAACAUCUCCAAGUCACACAUGGAGACAUGUCAGUACCUGAGAGAGGAGCUGCAGCAGAUGACCUGGCAGGCCUUUCUGCAGGAGGAGGUGGAGAGCUACCAGAGCAAGCCACGGGAAGUCAUGUGGCAGCUGUGUGCUAUCAAAAUAACAGAGGCCAUUCAGUAUGUGGUGGAGUUCGCCAAGCGCAUCGACGGCUUCAUGGAGCUGUGUCAGAACGAUCAGAUAGUGCUGCUGAAAGCAGGCUCUUUGGAAGUUGUAUUUGUCAGAAUGUGCCGUGCCUUUGACUCGCAAAACAACACAGUCUAUUUUGAUGGGAAAUAUGCUGGACCCGAUGUGUUCAAGUCAUUAGGCUGUGACGACUUGAUCAGCUCCGUCUUCGAGUUUGGGAAAAACUUGUGUUCUAUGCACCUGUCUGAGGAUGAGAUCGCCCUGUUCUCCGCCUUUGUGUUGAUGUCUGCUGACCGGUCUUGGCUCCAGGAGAAGUUGAAGGUGGAGAAACUCCAGCAGAAGAUCCAACUGGCCCUCCAGCAUGUCCUGCAGAAGAACCACAGAGAGGACGGUAUACUAACAAAGUUGAUAUGCAAAGUGUCGACACUGCGAGCACUGUGCAGUAGGCAUACAGAGAAGCUUACAGCUUUCAAAGCAAUAUACCCAGACAUUGUGCGUGCCCACUUCCCUCCCUUAUACAAGGAGUUGUUUGGAUCAGACUUUGAGCAGUCCAUGCCCGUUGAAGGGUAGCAGCCCUGCCAGGUGCCAGUGUGCCCACCGUAGGGGAAUGUGGAGGAGGAAUCUGAGACACUUUAUUGGUGCCCUGCACAAACCAGAGUGGACAGACGGCAUGUUGUUCAACUUCUUCUUUUACAUUGGAGGGGAGGGCUUAGGGAGUUGAUUCUCAAGGUUUACUUUAUUGAAUUUGGUUUUCCCUGGAAGACGAUAGUUGGACCGACACCCCAUGGGACAUGAAGACGAGAUAGGCACAAAUAAUUUUCUGUCCGGUUGAAUUUGACCUUUUUAUGCGCAUUUCCAACAAGGAACUUAAGAAUUAUUGUGGCAAUUCAUGGAUUUUUACCAAUAUUUAUUGCGUCACUAUUACAACGAUUUGUGUGAAUCUGAUUUGUAAGCAUUUAAACAAUUAAUAGUUGAAGACAUCUUCAGUAGAGAUGAAGAUGAAUCAACAUCAGUAUUCUUUUCCAGACGAUACUACCAAAACUGUAUUUUUGUAUUCAACACUUCAACCAGGCAUAUUCCUGUCUCCUUCAUACACAAUAUCCUGCAAUAAACGCUUAAUAAAUGCGCACACUUUGGUCAAGUUCAGCCAUUUUCUUCUUGUGUUGAGUAUCUUUUGGAUGCAGUGCUUGGAAUGAAACUCACAGCAACUUUAGGGGAGGCUCCGUCAGCAUUGGUGAUGCAAUCGGCAACUCUCUAUGGACAAUCGUUUUAAAAAAGAUAAUAGAAUUCUGGUAAUUCUAAUGAAACCACAAUGAUUUUAGCUGUCAAAGACUCCAUCCACCAUUGUUGCAUAGUGAAAUCAUGUAAGGCCAUCUGCUAUUAAUCCUUCUCUGGACAGGUGCCCUGGAAAAGCACAGGGCACCAACACAAUGAAAAGGGUCCAUUCCACCUGUUUUAUAAUGUACUACAGGGUAUACGGUCAUAAGUACUUACUAUACAGAAAAAAAUGUUUAUAGAAUCUAUUUUAAAUAACCUGUAUGAUAUUAGUAGUUAGACCAUUCUUAAUUGUUGAAUUGAUAAGGCACUUUUAUUUCCACCUUUAAUUUAAGAUGUGUAUAUUUACCUAGUGAUGUGUUGCAUGUGCACAAGAAAUACAAGUUGAACCAUGGUCACAGAGGCUAGUCCUGGGAGCAACAGUUGAUACUGGUCUGGAAGUGUUAGGGAUGGCUGCGGUGGCUGCUCGCUGGCAAACAAAGAGGCAUAUAUAUAUGUAUAUUUAUAUAUAUAUAUAUAUAUAUAUAUAUAUAUAUAUAUGUAUAUAUAUGUAUAUAUAUAUAUAUAUAUAUAUAUAUGAGAAGGCAGGUUAGAGACACAUUUAUCACCUGCUAACGUCAGAGCCCUUCUCUUACCACACACGCAAUAACUGUCAACGACUCUUGUAGUGCUGUUACGGUCUCACAGCUCUCCUGUCCGUGGUUGUGUAUGCACAGAUGUGGACUGAACUGCAUAUGUUGAAAUACAGUCAUUUAAAAAAUUUGCAACACAGUUUAUUUUUCUUUCACGUUAUUUAAAAAAAAGUAUGAUGUUGUUAUUAUUUUUGAGAAGAUUCUUUACUAUAUGAAGAAACCACAAAAGAAAACCACAAUAUUAAAACAUUAGCUACAUAUUUAUGUAGUUGGACUGCAACGAUCACACAUUGACUAUAAACCAAUUGUUCCAUCUAGUGGAAGGUAGAGAUACAGCAAGCCAGUGACCAGCCUAAAGAGAAGGUGCGCUGUCUAAACAGAAAAGCACAUGUAUGAGCCUUUUGUUUUGUGUUCUUUGAUAUUCUUUUCUUAUUCUUUCUUUAAUCUGCCUUCUCACCUCAGCCUCGGGCCGGCAACGCCACAACAGGACAUGGAAAAUAAGAGAGAAGGGAGAGUGAAUAUUCAAAGCCUUGUCUGGUAGUAAAGCUUCUAUUUUUGUAACAUGUUUUGGUUAUUAAAUUCAUGAAAAAGAAUGAGGGAGAGCGAAAUAAGUCAGGUAGCACUUAACUAUAUUCCUGCAAUAAUUAGACUAGCUGUUGUUUGUAUGAUUAGGAGAGAAACAUAAAAAUGUUAGGACAAGUGCUAUUUUCAGAAUGCUUUGUUGUUGUGCUUCUGUUUCGUUGAGUGUGUCUUUCUUGUCAACGUGGUAGUAAAGUGGUAGAAAAAACCCUGGAUGUGCCAAACAGUAGUCGUUGCUUCUGCUUUCCAGUCUACUCAUCUGUAAUGUAGAAUGGAUUCCUAAGACAUUCCAGCAAUCUCAGUAGCGGCUUUGUGAAGUAUGUUUUUUCAAAAAAAAAAAAAAGGGGGGGGGGGGGGGAGAGAAAAAAGGAACUUAAAAAAAGAGAGGAAAAAUGUAUCCCUUUAGAAAUUCAACAAAGCAUGUUCACACAUCUGUCACCAACCGUAACAUAGGAUCCAGUUGUUUUGUCUUUUGUUUUUCUGUUUGCACACUAUCAUUCCUCUGCCGUGCAAUUUGUACAAGGUGUUAAUGCCUUGUGCUGUCACCCCUCAGGGAAGAGUUUCUUUUGUGUUUUCUGUGAGAGGACAUUUGUUUGUAUUCAUUAUUAGUUUUUUGCAUUUCAUCUCAUUUGUAAAAAAAAAAAAAUAAGAAAAAAAUCACUUCACCAACCAUGCUUUUUAUCAGUACACAGCAUAUUUGUAAAAACAAAAAACUCAGAUUUGGUUUCAAACGGUGUCAUCAGGGUGUUUAAAAUAAUAAUAAUAAUAAUAACCCUCUUUGUUAGAAAAACCAAAUAUUGUUAUGCAAUACUAAAUCUCUUGUGUUUGGAUUGUAGUAGAUAUGCUGUACCGAAGUAAUAAUCUCUGUUUUGAUCCAAUGCUGUUUGGAUAUGCACAAGCCCUCUAUGACUAGUAAACCUCAGUCUCCUAGAAAACGAAACGCAGUCUGGAACACUGCUAGACAAUCCAGGUUAAAGAGGCCCAGUGGCCCGGCGAAUGCAGCAGCGAGGAUGAGGUGUGAAUGCUCAGGGAGGUAACAGGUAGACUGAAGAAGCAGCUCGCUUUCCUCUGGACUGUUGCAGGGCAUUUAAUUUGCUCUUUUGUGAAUUUAUGAACACUCAACUGAUCAGAGGAGGUAUAGUUGAACAGUUCGGCAUAGCACACUGACUGAGCACUUAGCUGUUCAUGAAAUAAUGAAGAGUUGGACAUUUGGCUGAUUUCCUGUUAUUUAUUUUCACUCGAAAAAAAAAAAAAAUCUUCUGUUUUUCUUUUUUCGGGAAAAUUAUUUCACUUUCUUCUGCUGUUGGAGUCUUUGUAAAAUUGUCACAUAAAGAAAAUAAUAAUAAUUCAGUGCAAUCAGUGAUAAGGUCCACCACCAGAAGAGUUCCUCCUUCAUGAAGUGAAUUCAUGUUCCUUUUAUUUAAAUAGUCGAGUGGCUUGUAGUUUGUUCUACAAUAUAUUAAAAAAAACAACAUAAUAUGCCUUGUGUUAUAAUUACGGGUCUCUACAGUGCAGUCAUUAUCCUUUUGAAUUGAUUGACCUUAUACAUACAGCUGACUCAGUCUCAGAACAAAAAGUAAUAAAGCCCCAUUAUUCUGUUUCCCAUCUUGUGAUGUACUGAUGUGGUUGCGAUAACGGCAGGACGCGUGAAUACGUGUGCCAGAGUACCAAACUGCACCUUCACACAGGCCUGUAAAAUGAUGUCCUUCUGUAUAUUCUCACUUGAGAGAUCCCAGCUUUUUAAAUGAGGAAUUAUUUGUGCUACUCAAUCAGUGUAUAGAAUACAGUCAAAUGUGCUGGUCCUUCUGUCUCUGCUCUGUUGUCUUUGUAACAAAAAAACAAAAACAAAAAAAGCAAUAGUUUGUUUGCGUGUGUAUGUGUGUGCACGCGUGUGUGUAUGUAUUUGUUCUCACAGUGUGUGAAUAAAAUAAAUCCCAGACAAGGCUUUAAUAAUUACAGAGGAACAGGGUUAUGUGGGUGAGGAGGUAUUGAUUUUAUUUUUUGAUCUUUUUUUUUUUUUUUUCUU